AUCUCAUCAUCACCUUCGCCAAGUCUCCUUCUCUUUGUUCAUCUUCCUCCUUCAAAUUCAAUCAUCCAUCAAUCACCCAGAAAAUUCCCCCAAUUCGAUUUACCUUUCUUCUAGACUCUUCUACUAAUUCACUUUCAAACUCAUCAUCUUGCACCAUGCCCACUUCAUCACCGCCGCAACCGCAGCCGCAGUCGCAGUCGCAGUCACCGCCGCAGGAACAAUCGCCGAUUUUACCAUCGCCGCCUCAAGAACUUCUAUCCGUGUCCUUCAACCAAGAUUCAACCUGUUUCUCCGCCGCCACAUCUUCCGGUUUCCUAAUAUUCAACACAAACCCAUUUCGUCCAAUCUUCAAUCGAACUUUCUCCCACUCUCUCUCCUUUGUUCAUAUGCUCUUCCGCUGCAAUAUACUUGCACUUGUUGGUGGUGGUCCGAACCCUCAAUUCCCACCUCAUAAAGUUAUGCUUUGGGAUGAUCACCGUUGUUGCUGUAUAGGUGAACUCUCAUUUCGUUCCGAUGUUAAGUCUGUUCGUCUUCGACGUGAUCGAAUCAUUGUCGCUCUUUUGAAUAAGAUUUUUGUCUAUAAUUUUGCUGAUUUGAAGCUUUUGCAUCAAAUUGAGACGGUUUCUAAUCCUAAGGGUUUGUGUGAGGUUUCGUGUUUGGCUAAUUCCAUGGUUUUGGCUUGUCCUGGGAUACAAAAAGGACAGAUUAGGGUUGAGCAUUAUCAGAUUAAAAAGACUAAGUUUAUUAUGGCUCAUGAUUCUAGGAUUGCUUCUAUGGCUUUGACUUUGGAUGGUAGGUUGGUUGCUACUGCUAGCAGUAAAGGUACUUUGGUUAGGGUUUUUAAUACGUUGGAUGGUUCUUUGUUGCAAGAGGUUAGAAGGGGUACUGACAGAGCAGAGAUACAGAGCCUAGCUUUCUCUUCUAAUGCACGAUGGCUAGCAGCUUCUAGUGAUAGGGGAACUAUUCAUGUUUUCAACCUGAAGCUUGAUUCCGGAUCUUCGGGGAACAGUGGGUUGCAGAGUCCACCUGAGCAACCAAAUUCUCCACGUUCCCCUGUAUCAUCCAUCUCUUUUAUGAAGGGUGUACUGCCCAAAUAUUUUAGCUCAGAAUGGUCGAUGGCCCAGUUUCACUUGCAAGAAGGCACUCAGUACAUCGUUUCAUUUAGCCAACAAGAGAACACUGUUUUGAUAGUGGGAAUGAAUGGAAGCUUCUACCGAUGUAGUUUUGAUCCCAUAGCUGGGGGAGAGAUGAAGCAACUGGAAUACCGAAAUUUCUUGAAUCCCGAAACAGAAGAGCCUGCGCCCUGCUGAUAGCUGCAAUUGCUGAUCACCUUCACACAAGUUUCCUUCCUUUCUGUAAAUUGUACAUAUAGUAUGAGUUUCUGCCUGGUGUAAAUGUUUUCUACUUAAAAUGCAUGGCGAUAGUAGAAGUGAUCAUCAUGACUUGAAAGUUUGGGUUUCAUGUCUUCCAUAGGUGGAACACUAAUUGAUUUAUUUGUUCCUUUACAGUUACGCCCAUCUAAUAGGCAAUUAAUUUGCCCAAAACUAAGAUUCUUAUUCUUUUGGGAUUUGUUCUUUAAAUUUUAGGCCUUUUUCUCCUUUUUUUUUGAUUUAGAAAUCAUCCCAUUGAUUUUGCUUUGAUGAGGAAGAUUCUCUUCAUCACACUGAUUAUUUUGUGAGAAGGAAAAAUCCUUAAAUCUGCUAAAAUAAGGAACCUAUUUCCAGGAAUAGGGAGAAGUAAGUUCGUACUAAAAAAAAAAUGGGAAGACUAUUUUUGUUGUUUUGCAUUUUGCUCACUCCACCAUCUACAGGUUGAGUUUAUUGCAAAUGUUAGGUGGAACUUUGAGAUUAAUUUAUUUUCACUGGGUUGUGAGUUGUAAGGGGAUGUUACCUGCAAAUUCAUGUUAUUGUAAAAUGUGGGACCACUUGGGUGAUUGACUAAUAAUGUCGUUCGGGAGUACUGAAAAAUGAUUCAGGUUGGAGUGGAUAAUCAAUCCGUCAUACUUGCUGAAUAAUACUAUCGGUUAUUAAAAUUGGGAUUCUACUUAGAAUCGUUUUGGUUUAUGG